UGCGACUCUAACUGGAAUGCCAUUUUCUCUUUGUCUCAUUUUGCCUGUGUAUCCAUGAGAGACCCACACAAGAAUACCUAGAAAUCUCUCAGACCUUUGUACGGUUUAUGGGUUAUGUCUAGGGUCUCUCCCCAUUUAAGAUUCCUACAAUAGGUUUCUUUAAAAUAAAUACGAUAAUGAAUUAUAAAAGGGAAUCAUUUAGUGAAUCAUGAAUGAAUAGCGGGCAGAACUGGUCCGAAGUUGGCGAAUGUCUUGAGUCGACUCUGUUAUCGAGUUUUUCGACUAUCUCGUUUGACAGUGAGUAGUGGGAGUAGAUGACAGUGUUCUGUAUUCGUAUAAGCUGAAGGUUGUUUAGUCUGAUCUGUGACGGUCGAGCGCGAGUGCCACGCACUCAACCGACGCACACUGCCAUCGAGUUCCGCCGCGUCAUACACGUGUGCGUGUUCCUGUGAAAGAACACGCGUCUGCCGAUCGCGUGUCGCAAAGCAUGCCGAUAUUCCGCCCAGCGCACCAGUAGAAAAACGUAAUCCGCAGCUGUUCUUCUUCCGUCCUCCUUCCGACCAGCCGAGAGACCCAAAGAUCUUGCGAUGGGUUCCGGAUAUUUAAAGCGUGCGAACACUGACCGCCUCCAUGAAAUAUUUAAUCAGUAUGCCUCACAAGAGAAGGAUGGCGAGAGGUUCAUGACCCCGACCGACUUCGUACGAAGUUAUCUUGGACUAUACACCUAUUCGGGUUACAAUCCCGACUCCGUCAAUCUGCUCGCCGGUAUCGUCGAUACCAGCAAAGAUGGGCUCAUAUCAUUCGCCGAGUUCCAAGCGUUCGAGGGGCUGCUGUGCGUGCCGGACGCCCUUUACAAGACAGCGUUCCAGCUGUUCGACACUAAUGGAAAUGGAAUGGUUGCAUUUGACGAGUUCGUUGAGGUGAUGCGGAAGACGGAACUCCACCAGAGGAUGCCCUUCAACAUGGAAAGCAGUUUCAUUAAACUUUACUUCGGCAGGGAUAAAAAGCGGCUGAUCAGCUAUGCGGAGUUCAGUCAAUUCUUGCACGAUUUCCAUGAGGAGUACGCGACGGAGGCGUUUAAGAAGUUUGAUAAGGAUGGCCAGGGUUUCAUCUCGGCGUUAGACUUCCAAGAUAUCAUGCUCAGUAUCAAGAGCCACUUGCUAACUAAGGAUGUGAAAGACAACUUAGUCGCUGCGGCUAGUACUGGGACGAGCGGGCGGAAAGUCAGCUUCCCGUAUUUCAUGGCGUUCAAUUCCCUCUUGAACAACAUGGAGCUCAUUAAACGUAUUUAUCUGAACGCGACGAACGGUCACAGAUUUGAAGAAGUCACCAAAGAGAGAUUCCUUCAUUCCGCACAAAUGAUGUCGCAGAUCACGCCGUUAGAAGUGGACAUCCUGUUCCAGCUGUGCGACCUGCUGCACCAAACCGGGUCUACGGAAGAUGACACGGCAGAUCCGCGGCUUGGGAAUAUUGUGUACAGUGAUCUCGUGGCAAUUACACCUGAGCAGUAUUUCAAGCAGAUCACGAAACGUUUAGCUGAGAUCAAAGCGGUGUCGAGCCCCGAAGAGCGCGGAAUCGUCGUGCAGAUACUCGAGAGCGGUUACCGGUUCAUCCUGGGAUCCGUUGGAGGGGCUGUGGGCGCAACGGCGGUGUAUCCCAUCGACCUGGUGAAGACGCGGAUGCAGAACCAGAGGACCGGCUCCCUGGUCGGCGAGCUGAUGUACCGGAACAGCUUUGACUGUCUGAAAAAGGUGAUCCGGCACGAGGGUUUCUUCGGCCUCUACCGAGGCCUGUUACCACAGCUGAUGGGCGUGGCGCCCGAGAAGGCCAUCAAGCUCACCGUCAACGACUUCGUCAGGGACAAGUUCAUGGACAAGAACGGCAAUCUGCCUCUUUAUGGAGAAAUCAUGUCUGGCGGCUGUGCGGGAGCUUCUCAAGUAAUAUUUACGAACCCGUUAGAAAUCGUGAAGAUUCGGCUACAGGUGGCCGGAGAGAUAGCUGGCAAGUCGAAAGUCAGGGCGUGGACUGUCGUCAAAGAACUUGGAAUAUUCGGCUUGUACAAAGGUGCGAGGGCGUGUUUCUUGAGGGAUAUUCCGUUUAGUGCAAUCUAUUUUCCACUGUACGCUCAUACGAAGAUACGGUUGGCUGACGAAGGCGGGUACAAUACGCCGUUGUCGCUUCUGGCCGCCGGUGCGAUCGCUGGUGUACCUGCGGCGGCGCUGGUCACCCCUGCAGAUGUUAUCAAGACCAGAUUGCAAGUGGUAGCCAGGCGAGGACAGACGACGUACAGCGGGCUGGCAGACUGCGCUAGGAAAAUCUAUAAUGAGGAGGGUGCGAGGGCGUUCUGGAAGGGAGCGACAGCACGAGUGUUCAGAUCGUCACCCCAGUUCGGUGUUACCCUCUUCACCUACGAACUCCUUCAAAGGCUCUUCGUGGUCGACUUCGGUGGAUCUCGACCUACUGGGUCGGAGCAAAAGGUGUCGACGGGGGAGUCGUUCCGGUCGACGAAUCCGGAUCACAUAGGCGGGUACCAGGUCGCGCUGCCAAUAUUCACCGGUAUCGAGACUAAGUUCGGUCUCUACCUGCCGAGGUACAAGGCCAACAACCAGGCCAGAGACGGGAAGUAACGUCCGCCCGGUCGGCUUCAGCUAGACCGUUAAGCUUGUAGCGAUCCCCCGUCAACCAACAGAAAUCGCGCGUGUCAGAGAAUCGAGACGCCCAGCAGUGAAGGGUUUCACAGUACAGGGAAACGAGCUCCACAGAACUAAACGACGGAACCGAUAGAGUGAGCUCGAAGAGAAAGAGGAGCAGGAAGAAUCAAGAUGAACCCCCUUCGAAGGGAAGCGAUAGAGGAGAUAGUAGAAUUUAUCGAAACAAAUAACUGGCUUCAGGCACAAACUGACGUCACCUCCUACGUCUUGACUCCACGAACGCCGAUCGAAAUGGAUGUUAAUAAAGCUUGUACAUAAAUUGAAUAGUUGAAACAUCGUUAGAAACUUUUAGCAAACGCGACUCAAAGUUCGCUGGUUGGUUAUUAAUAUUUAUUACAAUUGCGUGUUUGUGAAUUUAACAUGUAAAGAGUGUCUGGAGUCGGUUUGUGCAUGCCUGAGGCUGGCAGUGAGAGAAUUAGCGUCAACACGCACAACUUCUCGGUGGACUACCGAGAUCGAGCUAGCAGGAAACCGUGGAAGAUUACAUCUAUGACACACAUACACAUACACACACAGGGUUUAACGCGAAUUAGACACAUGGACGGUUUAGCCUAAAGGACAUUAAUUAUUGUAUAAGCCUGUUUACGCUUACGUUACGCGAGUGUUGUGGAGCUCGAAUGGAUUUGGCGAUGCGAAGAAGCAGAAAUCAGAUUCGCAUCAUCGGCUGUCGAGAUAAGUGAUAUAUAAUUUUUUUUUAAACCAUGUUUCAAUGUUUUGUUUAAUUUCGAUUUAAUUUAUUAUGUACACAUUUUAGAUUAUUUUUAGGUGAAUCGUUCAGCCACCGUUCUUGAUAACCGAUGAUACGAUCUUUGUACAAUUUCUUUUACCUACGAUCCCGACACCUGUUUCACCCUUUGCACUCGGAAAACAAAUUUGAUAUCUUAAAUAACGUAGCAAUAACGUGUAUCUUUUUUAAAAUAUCGCUUCGCUUACCGCGGAAUGGAAUUGGUGCUAAGGGUGAAAUUCUAUUUAGGAAAAAAACAAGAGAGAGAGCGAGAGAGCGAGAGAGAACCGAUUCGCUUCAAGCCUUGCUUUGGCCGCUGUAUUACUUUUUCUACUUUUUAUAUGUGAAUCGAAAAACGAUACGUGCUCGUCCCGUGUGUCGUCGACGAAGUGGUUCGCGCCUCUAUUUUUCUAGAUCGCUUAGAGUGCGUCUCCGUCUCACACAUUUUGUAAACACACCGUUUCUCUCGAUUUACAGACUGCGGAUUUUUGUACGAAAUCAGAUUUUUAUAAAAAUAAUUCCUAUAAGAACUUUAUUCAACGAUUGCAUCGGCUCUUUUGUAUUAACGGCUGCUUCGUACAUUUUUGCAAAUCAUAAAAAUCCGCAGUUUACACGAUUAGCGUGGUCAGAAUUUUCUACGGCCCGUCGAUGAUUUUCAUUUCACGGUCAUAGAGCCGUCAUCCUAUUGUCUACUGACUCUUCUUCUAGUCGCGACUGCCAUUCGUUUUCUUUUUCUCCUUGUCAAUCCUCAGUCGUACGUUCGAGCGAUAAUUCUGCCGCACAGCGCAAAAUUAAAAGUGUACGUUUCAUUCUUUAUGUUAAGAAAAGUGAAAAAAUAGUAAAAGGAAUCAAUUUAAAAUGCUUUCCUCUUAAGCGAAGCUUCAAUACGUUUCUCUACGCGUCCAUCGUGUUACCAAAAGACACAAUCGUGUUCUAAUCGUAAGGGGAAGAAUUAAUCUCGAGGAAUAAUAAAUGGGGGACUGGA